UAUUAAAUAAACUGAACUGAAGAAAAAAUAGCUUGAGGUCAUGGUCCUGUUAUUUGUUUUUGUUCUUGUUUUGUUUCCCAAGCUUUCCAAAUGAAACAAUGUCUCUUCGAGUCGGAUUAGGAGCUUCUCAAGCAGAUUUAGAUGUACAGGGAGAAAUUGAUUUUGAUUUUUUUGACGAAAGUAAUAGUUCUUCCAUUCCAGCUAAGCAAUCUAAUGUUCUGACUGAAGUCAAUCACAUGACAUUGGGCGCAGAUUGUUCCGAGCUUGCUUGUGAAAUCAGUUCUUUAAACCAAGAUGCAAUUAUUUCCAAUGGGUCUCCUUCUGCUUCAAGCUAUGAUUUUAAUCAACCUGUUAUAACCAUAUCAUGCGAUAAUACCACUGGAGCAAUACAGAAAACUAUUAAAACUGUCAUCCCUACUCCAUUUAAUUACAAAGAUAAUAAAUGCGGUCGAAAGAGUCCUUCUAUGCCAAAUAGAAAAGUUGCUGUAAGUCCACGUUUUAAAAGCAAGGUUUUCCAGGAUGAUGAUGGAUCUGAUGACAGCUCUAUUUCGAGCAUGUCAGAGUCUGAAUCAGACAUGUCUUCAGUGAGUGCUGAUUCUUUUGAAUUAAAUGAAGGGGAAUCAGAUUCCAUGACUGAUGUUAGUCCUUUGCCAUCACCUUUCCAUUGCUCUACACCCAAUUCCAGUAAAUUUAAUAAAGAACAAACUCUAUCACCUCCUUUGAAUAUUUCUUCAGAAAUAAAAAAGGAUCAUGUGAAAUUUACUGAUGAUGUUGAAAGCAUGUCUGAUACAAAGUUAUGUCCUAAAUGUGACACUAUUGAUAUUCAGGAACUUGUACGAGCUAUGAAAAGACUGAAAAUGAAACAAAACAUAAAUUCGAGUUAUGUGAGGAAAUGUAAAAGUCCUAUUUUAACGCACAAUGCCAGAUGCCGAAAAAAUUUAUCUUUCACAAAUGAGGAGGUGCGUCGAAUCGAUAAUGAUAACCAAAUUUUGUUAAAGAAGAUAAUUGCUCAACAAAAUAGAGUUACAUCACUAGGAAAUUCUUCACCUAGAGUAUCCUCAUCAGCAACAGUGAAUCGACACAAACAACAACGUCAGAUAGAAUUAGACAAUUUGGCCUUGUUGAAAAGAUUGGAAUCUGCAAAGCCUUCCAGAGAUUUAAAUCGAUUACAUUUGCUUCAAGAUUAUGACCGUCGGUCAUCUGGUGUUUUAUCUAGAGCAUCUUCAAGAUCCUCAUAUCCUUGCAGCUCAACUCAGUCAUAUAGUAGAACAUCAAUGCAUUCAUCAGGACGUUCCAGUGCUGUAAGUGUUAAGCCAACCAACUCUUCAGUAUUACGCUCACAGUCGUUGACAGCAAUGAACAAGUCUUAAAUUAUGAUAAUCUUUUUAUGAUGUGAAUGUAUUUACAGAAUUGCCAACUAUUACGAUUUAUUUAUAAUUAUUGCAAUUCCAUACUCAAUAUUAGGGUUGAGUGAUAAAAUAUAGUUUUUUCCCCUUAAUUACCAAGAGUUUUGAAAUUUUGUUGUUUGAAACUAAUCUGUAUUAUUAUUUUUUUUAACUCCUUAAACAAUUCUAAAAGCAAUAAGUAAAAACAAAAACGAUUUGAUAGAAGAGGAGAAAAAAAGAGAAAUCUUAUCUUUCCUUCUUCCUACAAGCUAUUCUGAAACUUAAUCUUCUGCUCUUAUAGAAAAGUAAAAGAAUGUAAACUCAAAUCUGUAAUGCUGUGAGAAAAAGUGUUUAGUAGUUUAAAUGCAGGAUGAUAAAAAGACAAUAAUGGCUAUUUCUAAUUUAACCAAAAAACUAGGACAUUGAUACCCAGUAAUCAAUUUAAUUGUAUCAUUUUAUUAUAAAAAAUAAAAUUCCAUUGUUGUAUAAUUUUUAAUAGUACCUUUAUUUAAGUGUAACUUUUUUUACUUCAUAAUUCAUGCAUAAUUGUAUUACUAUUUAUACAUCUAAUAAAUUUCUCAAGGCUAACUGUAUAUAUCUGUAUUUCUGCGUUAUUGUCUUCUAAUUAUUGAUAAGUUAGUUGAAAAGUUGGCACCUCUGUAUAUAUAUUACCAAAUUUAUUUCAUAAUGUAAUAAUUUUUUUUGGUGUUGUUCUUUUCAUUAUUUUUUAUGAUAAUAAGUUAUGUUCUGUGUUCAUUUUUUUAUUUGUGAAGUUUUAAGUAAAAUUGAAUAUUAGCACAGGCAGCUCUUACAUUUUAUUUUCGUUGCUGUUAUCUGUUUUGAAUAGUUUUUCUCACCUGAGGCCAGUGUAAUGUGUCAAAUAAAUACAUAUUUAUUAAUAAGAAACAAAUCUUUCAUAUGAGUAGUAUAUUCUUAUUAAAUAAUGCUAAAAUGGUCUCUCUGAUUACUAUUUAAAGAAAAAAUGUGUGCUUAAAUGUUAUUUCAUCUUAGAUUCGUUUAUAUAUAUAUAUAAUAUAGUAAAAAUGUAAAAUGAUAAUUAAGAUUAUUUCUUACUUAUCUAUAUAUUGCUAAUAUUUUUUGCCAUUUCUGUAUAGUUAAUUGAUUUUACUCUGUGAUAUGUUACAUAAAAUAAGCCUAAUACAAUAUUGACAACUGUAAAAUUUUUUGCUUGUAAGUCAUCUAAAUAACUUUGUUCCGAUUUAAGCUAAAUUGAAUUUAAACACAUGAAAUUUCAUGAAUAAUAAAUUAAAAAAAAAACGUAUUUAAAAUUUUCAACAAUAAACAUAAGUGAGUUUUGAGAUUGAUAAUUAAACCCCCAAAUUUUUUACUUUUUUCUGUGUAUAAUGUACAGGAAAUUUGUAAAAAAAAAAAAAACUAUCUAUAAAUUUUGGCUAAAUUCUAAUAAAAUUAAUUAGUCUAGCUUUUUUUUUUUUAUUGACUUUAUGUUUUACAGGAUAUGAACAAAAACUGAGAACAUUGUGUAAAAUUGGUAUAUUUCAAAAAUCAUCUUUAAUGACUGGAAUAGUUAAUAUUCUGAAAUUUGAGAUUAAAAUAAUUUAAAUUUAACAUAUUUUAAUAGCUUAUUUAAAUAUGUGUAUCAACUUAAAUAAGUUGGGAAAUUGUUUUUUUUAAUUUUUUUUUAAAGCAAGUCUAAGUUAUAAAUCACAAAUGGUAUUGAGAUUUACAUCAAGUGAUAGGAGCUAAAAUAGUGAGGUGUUUUUUCUUUUACACCCCAGGUGUAGAAUUACACUUUUCAACUACAAAGUUUAAAAAUAUGGUUCUUAGUGUCUUUCAGUAUUGAAUUCUGCAUAAGGAAAGCGUUCAAUAUAAUUUUAUUACAUUCGUGAAAUAACAUGUAACAAACAGUAUAAAACUAGUUUAUUUGCUGUUUAAAAAUAUACCAAAUUCAUAUUCAGCUACUUCUUAAAAUUUUUUUUUAUAUGCAUGGUAUUAUUUUAUCUACUUUGGGUAUUAUGCUUAUCUACUUACUUCUUACAGCUAUGCAUGCCCAAAAGGAUAGAUUUUUUUUUGUUGUUAUAUACUCUAAAGUACAAAACAAUGUGAAUAAAAUACAGAAAUGGACAAACUAUAGUUUUGGUUUUCUAAAAUAACCCUCAGUGUUUAAACACCAAUGAUUUUUCAAAACACUAAUAAAAACCUUCCUCGGUGUGAAGACACCAUUUUGGUUUUAAGACACUAAAAAGGUUCUUGUUUAGAAAACUGAAACUAUAUGUUCAUUUCUGUAUUUUAUUCACCUUGUUUUUUUACUUUAAUUAUACAUGUGUACACAGUUUAUUAGUUGCAUUCCAUUAGUUUGCAUUUAUUUUUAAUUCAAUUAAGUUAUUACAUAUAUUUUCUCAAGAUUUAUUACUUCAGUUUUUCAUUUGAAAUAAGAAAUUGCCUUUUUAUGUUUCAUUUAUUUGAUAUAUAUGCUAGUCUAUCAACUUUUUGAGUGUUAGUUCCAGUUUUUUCUGUACUUUAAACUGGUGCCUUUCUUGCAUCAAAAAUGUUUCCCCAUGUUAAUGUGUGGGAAAGAAGUGCAUAUUGGUACAAUUUCGUACAAGGACUAACACUUAGAGGGUUAAGUAUGUAUUAUACUUGUGCUUUUUAUAGAUACAUAAUCUACAAAUUUCUACCUGUUUUUUUUGUUGUAUUUAGAUGAUGUAAUUAAUACCAGUAUAUAAAAAUGUAAAUAUAUCCCUUUUGUGGAUGUUGUGUGAAAAAUGUUUUUAUGAUGCAAAAUUGAUUGUAUUUAUGGGCCAAAAAGAGUAUUAUGUAAAAGUUAAACAUUAAAGUGUAAAUAUAAGUCAUAUGUAAAAUAAAUAUUUUUUCAUUAAAUCCUUUAAAUUAAUAGAUUAAAAAGAUAUUUUAGAUGUUA